GUUUGUGGAGACAAAAUGAGACCUCUGAUUGGCCUUUUCCUCAUCGCCGUCUCCAUGGCAUUGGCUGGGAGUGUUCCCAUUAAGACCCUGGUAUUCUCCACUGCGACGAGCACCAGUUAUGUUGAGAUGAUCCCUCAAAGGCCGAUGAACCUGACUGCGUUCACUCUGUGCAUGCGAGUGGCCACGGAGCUCAGCGGCCAGCGAGAGAUCAUCCUCUUUGCAUACCGGACUGGAAGCUACGAUGAGCUGAAUGUGUGGCGUGAACUGGAUGGAAGACUGUCCUUUUACAUGGCUGGAGAUGGUGUUUUAUUUACAGUCCCUGAGCUCGGAGCCCUGCAGACCCACCUGUGUGUCACCUGGGAUUCCACUUCAGGUUUAGCUGCCCUCUUCCUGGACGGAAAGAGGAGCUUAUCCAAAAUCUACAGGAAGGGUCACACUGUCAGCCCAGGAGGCAGGGUUAUCCUGGGACAAGAUCCGGAUUCUUUCCUGGGUGAUUUUGAUUACGACCAGAGUUUUGUUGGUGAGAUCUGUGAUGUGAACAUGUGGGACGUUGUUCUGGCAGAUAGCGUGAUACAAGGCAUGUUUGCAGGGAAGAGAGUAGCAAGAGGAAAUGUUUUUGACUGGGAAAGCACAGAGCUGAGAAUUAACGGGGACGUCGAGGUCGCCAUUCGUGAGCUGUAG